CCUAGGCAGCGUUGCCCCCACCAGUUCCUUCCAGUGCCGGCCUGCAAGCGGAAUAAGAAAAGCCCGAAAAGAGGAGCCAAAACAGGAGAGGACCUGGUGAACCUGAGGGGAGAGGGACCAUGGCUGCUCUCUCUGCCUUGCUGAAGACCUGGGUUUUAUUUCAGACCCUGUGUCUGGUUCUGGCCCAAGUGAGGGGUCCACCUGGACCUCAGGGCCAGCAGGGCCCACCAGGGCCAUCCGGCACACCCGGGUCAGACGGCAUUGAUGGAGAAAAGGGACCUCCUGGCCCACCUGGACCACCAGGACCCAAAGGAGAACCCGGAGAGCCUGGUGCCAAUGGAACACCAGGAGAAAACGGCAUUGAUGGUUUGAUUGGUGCAAAGGGUGACCGUGGACCUGCUGGAAGCCGUGGACCUAAGGGACAGCGAGGUCCAAGCGGAGAGCCCGGCCCCCCUGGACCAGGCCUUCCAGGACUCUCUGGCGCCCCGGGACCCAUUGGUCUCCCAGGUCAAAUUGGAGCAACUGGACCAAAGGGUGUAAUGGGACCACCAGGACCCCCCGGGCUUCCUGGACCUCCGGGCAAGCCGGGUCCUCCGGGGAAAUUUAUCGGCGGAGAGGAGGGCAGUGCCGAGUUCCAGUGCCCUCUGAACUGUCCAGCAGGACCUAAAGGACCACAAGGACUGCAAGGAGUGAAGGGACACAAGGGACGCGCUGGUGUCCUCGGUGAGCCUGGCAGCAUCGGAGGAACGGGACCCAAGGGUGAAAUUGGAAUCUCUGGUGAACAGGGAAUCCCAGGACCCCCGGGUCCAAUUGGUCUGCGGGGCUACCCUGGCAUGAUGGGUCCCAAAGGCGAAGCCGGACCACGUGGCUACAAGGGCAUCAACGGACCCAUAGGAAUUCCUGGACCUCCUGGCGAGGAAGGACCCCAGGGGGCACCUGGAGAGCCAGGUGACAAGGGAGACAAGGGCAAUCGAGGUAUCCAGGGUCCGCAGGGCGCCGUUGGGAAAAAAGGAGAGAACGGUCUUCCUGGUAUUGAUGGGAAAGAUGGUACACCUGGUAUCCCUGGAAUCAAGGGUGGACCUGGCCAACCUGGGAUGCCUGGUCCUCCUGGUCCUCAGGGCACCGCCGGUUUGCCUGGCAGUCCCGGAACCAAAGGCGGUCCUGGGGCAAAGGGAGAGCCUGGCCCUCGCGGUCAUGUGGGUUUGGCAGGUGCCCCUGGACCACUUGGGGAGCCUGGAAUGCCUGGCGAGGCGGGCAUGCAAGGGGUUCCUGGACCGAAGGGUGACAGAGGUCAGCGUGGACCUUCUGGGCCACAAGGAGCUGUUGGCAAACCGGGCAGCAAAGGAGAGAGAGGGCCAAUCGGUGUUCCAGGAGCUCAGGGUCUGAGUGGAACCAAGGGAGACAAGGGUUUCCAAGGAAAGGGGGGACCAAAAGGAGAUAUUGGUGAUCCUGGUGUUGAAGGACUGGCUGGAGAAAAGGGAGAAAAGGGGUUGUCUGGUGAGCCAGGACCUAAAGGGCAGCAAGGAAUACGGGGCGAUCCAGGGCACAAUGGUCCAACUGGAGAUCCUGGUAAACCAGGUGAUCAAGGCCCGCCUGGACUUCCAGGACCCAGAGGACUCAAUGGAGAGCGUGGUGUCCCGGGCAUGCCGGGCAUCUCGGGAAACCCAGGCCGUGAUGCAUCCGACCAGCACAUUAUUGAAGUCGUACUCAAGAUGUUACAGGAGAGGCUCGCAGCGGUGGCUGUUAGUGCGAAGAGGGCUGUUCUCGGACAGGCAGGUGUAAUGGGCCCACCAGGACCCCCUGGACCUCCCGGAUCGCCCGGACCGCAGGGACCUCAUGGUUUGCCUGGUGCUCGCGGCAUUCCUGGCAUGAUUGGAGCCCAUGGACAGAUCGGCAACACGGGACUAAAAGGAAAGCGAGGAGCCAAGGGUGACAGAGGAGAGCCGGGUACACCUCACCAAGGACAACCUGGACCACCAGGAAUCCAAGGUCCUCCAGGAGUUGACGGCGUGGCUAGGAACGGUAGACACGGUGAGAGAGGACCUCAGGGAUCGGCCGGAGAGGCCGGUCUCCCAGGGAAGGCGGGUCCACAAGGUCUCCCGGGAUUCUGCGAGGCUGCAAUGUGCCUCGCGGCGUCAGCGUACACCUCCCCAAGACUACAAGAGGCUGGAAGAAUUAAGGGACCAAAUUAAGUCCUUUCUCUCUUUAAAAAAAACUGUGAGGUAGGAUGCGAUCGAGACAGAGAGAGAAGGAGAAGGAAGAAGACCACUCUUCUCCAUAGUAACACCAUCAGUAAGGGACAUAAGUACAGUGACUUGAUGUACUAGCCCCUCACUGAAAGCCUUUUUCAGAUGGGACACACCUUUGCUUUAACAUCACCAUGACAACAGCUGCUCACAGCCAUCUGUCAUGCUCUAGAGUUUUGGACUCAAUGUAUAUCUUUCCCCUCAGAAUCUCUGAGCAGACAGCAGCUGGGAACUAGAUAAAACGUGCAAAGAAGAUUUGUUCGCCUGCGUUUUCACCCGUCACAGUGGCCUCCAUCUCCUAAAUAAGUCGGCAAUAAAUGAUGGCAGUUUAAAUGAUCACUCAGUACUGCGCGUUGGUAUUUUUUUCCUAAGCCUGAGUGAACCCCCCUGGCAGCCCCCCAUCCUACCAUUUCCCGCUUUCUGCCCAAGUCUCAUUUUAGAAACUAAUGACAAGCUUUAUCUCGUGUUGCCUGGCAACAGCCGUUUCUAGUGGGCACUCCCAUCUCCCAUAAUGCAGUGCUGUAAAUCUCUGUAAAUGAUUAUUACUGUAUGUGGAAAAGAAGUCAUUGAAUGGAUUAUACUAUGCACCAACAGUGAUCCUGUGUCCAUGAAUUCAGUAUCUCACCAAAGGCGUCUCGCAAAACUCACGACUUCAAAUGUGCUGUUCAUGCCACUGUCAAGACGUCGGUCUCAGUGGGUUGAUGGUUGAUUCACUAUCAUCAGCUGAAGUUAUUUAUUGUUCUUAAUAUAGUCAUCUGUAAAUAUUUUCUUCCUUUUUUCUGGGUUUUCAAGUCAUCCAGUAAGUCAAUAAACAUGAGAUUUUUGUAAAACCC